UUGAUUGUUGCUCAUGUCCUGUAGUGUCUUGGAUGCUUUAACAGAAUAGCGUUGUUGUUUUGAGAAUGCAUAAAGAUAUCAGUAUUUUGUCUCUCACACACUGACUUCUCUUGCUGUCUCCCAGACAGGUCCAGUUGCUACGCACUGAGGUCAACCUCAACCCACCCACCCAUUAUACCACAACCAACAACAUAUCAUCACCUCUGACCUCCAUUGAGCUUGUCCAAGUGCCCCGACCAUCUACCUCCCCACAGCCGCCCCCCCAAUGCCGGAGCCCAACACCUUCCCCCCCUCCCCUCUCUUCCUCCUCACCCCUGACCCUUUCUUCAAUGUAUCCUACCACAACUGGAGCAACCCUGGCGGUGGAGGCGUGGGGGGUUUCCAACUCACUAUAGCAGGGGUCCUUAUCCCCCUCAUCUAUGUAGCAGUCUGUGUGAUCGGCCUGGUGGGCAACACAUUGGUCAUCUACAUUGUUUUACACUAUGUGAGGACGGAGUCGGUCACUAACAUCUAUAUACUCAACCUGGCCAUCGCUGAUGAGCUAUUCAUGCUGGGCCUCCCCUUCCUGGCGGUCCAGAACGCUCUGCUCUCCUGGCCGUUUGGUUCUCUCAUGUGCCGUGUGGUCAUGACUGUGGACGCCAUCAACCAGUUCACCGCCAUCUUCUGUCUCACGGUCAUGUCCAUCGACCGCUACCUCGCUGUGGUCCAUCCCAUACGGUCGUCGUGGUGGAGGCGACCGCACGUGGCCAAGGCGGUGAACGCGGCGGUGUGGGCGGUGUCGUUUGUGGUGGUGCUGCCCGUGGUGGUGUUCGCGGACGUACUGGAGGAUGAUGGGAACUGUAGUAUCGUGUGGCCUGAGCCAGCCGAGGUCUGGAAGGCAUCAUUCAUCCUGUACACGUGCACGGUCGGGUUCUUCGGACCGCUACUCGUCAUCUGUCUCUGCUACCUGCUCAUUGUGAUCAAGGUGCGCAACGCGGGGAAACGGGCCCGGUCCACCUCCUCCCGACGCAGGAAGUCCGAACGCAAGAUCACUCGCAUGGUGGUUGUCGUGGUAGCAGUGUUCGUGUUGUGCUGGCUCCCAUUCUACAUCCUCAACAUUGUUAACCUGCUAAUCCUGUUACCGGGCGAAUUCCGGGGGCUGUACUACUUUGUGGUGGUCCUAUCGUACGCUAAUAGCUGCGCUAACCCAAUCAUUUACGGAUUCCUGUCGGAUAAUUUUAAGAGAGGGUUCCGGAAGGCUCUUUGUCGUUCUUCGAGGAAGGUGGAGAACCACGAGAGGGCGGUAGCCACCGAGCUGCAGCGCCCUGCAGAGCUCUGGAGGGAAAUUGUGCCCGAGCCGCGAGAUGGCCUGGGGGCCACCAAGUCUUAUGAAGGAGGGGAGGAAGAAGUGGAGGAGGAAGAGGAGAACGGGAUAGAGAUGGAGAGAAGAGAAGACGCCACUCAGAUGAGAGAGAACUGCAGGAUUGCACAGAACGGGAACGGAGGAGGACAAGUUGAGAGCUCCAGGAUCUUGUUCACUCCGGGGGGAAAGGUGGAGACGGUACCCCUGGGGCAGAGGGCUAAAGCUGGGGAGGAGGCUGGGAAAGGCCCAGGCUUAGAAUUGGGGCCUACUGCCGCUGUCUCCACUCUUGCCAAUGGAUCAAAGAGUGAAAGUAACAGGUCACGUCCAGAGACAGUGGAGAAGAGCACCAAGCUAGAGAUCAGCUACCUGUAACUCAUAAAUAAACUUUUCCCCAAUGUCCAUACUAGUAUACCACUGAUAUGGACACGUCUUGCUGAGACUAAGGCUGUCCUAAUAUGGACACUGUACAGUGUAUAGAAUGAGGGUGAAGCUGCCCCUAGAGACGCUGAUCUUGGGUCAGUUUAAAAUUUUCUCCACUCAUGGUUAAGGGAUGGGGGAGGGGAAGCUGAUCCUAGAUCUGUACCGAGGGGAAACUUUACCCAGGAGCUGGAUUGCAUGUCCGGUACAGUGACUCAUUCUAAGUAGUGAGCUACUGUGUCGAUUGGAACAGAGAUAUAUGGAUUGAAUGUAGCGACAUUGACCCAACACCUAGCAACCUUGUUAAGAGGGUUGGAGCUCUUAGGGUAACAAUUAAGGUGUUGGCUUGACAGUCACUGGACCUGGGUUCAAACCCCGGUUGGGGCAACCCCCCUAGUUCGCUAAUGUAUCAUUUAAAUUUACACUUUUGAGUAUCAACUGUGAACUUACAAUGAUACCAACUGCCUUGCCUCAAAUUCCAAGCUUUUUGGCCAAAAAUUGAUGAUCAGUUAUUUUAUUGGACUGAGAAUUUGCAAAUCUUUACAGAACAAUUUCAGUAUUACGCUUAGUGCGCAAUGUAAAAAUGUACAUAAAUGUUUGAGAAUCAUAAUACAGUUUUGAAUAGGCUAUUCAGAGAUGCACACAAGGAGAAAAACACAUACUAUAUUGUCAGUAUUUUAAUGAUGUAUCUAUGUUACAGUUUCAUAGUGCACUGUUUUCAACAGUAGCCUUCAGACAGAGUAUAAAAGUCUCAUGUUACCACUAAAAUCACAGGGAACGAAGUGUUCCCUUUCAUCCAAGAACAGCAUCAUGUACCAGUUCUUCUAAAUGUCAUAGGAGCUAUUUCAAUGAGAGUUCUAUACUGCCUCUGUCUGAGGCUUUACAAUACAAGUGCAAAUUAGUGUCCUUCUGUUGAAAGCGAAAGCAAACAGACAUCUAGUUCCGUUCUAUUGCCAUCUCACCUCGUCCCUGGUGGAACGUUUCAUCUAUCAGAAUGAAUGGAAUCAUUAAAGUGAAUGAUGUCACCGAAGUGCACCUGCACGAUUAACUCUCAUACAUAUUCAUGAUGACGGGAGUCAAGUCCAUUCAAUUAUGGCGGAUGGUAUAUCAAAGAGCUGUGCGCACUCUGAUAUCGACCUUCGGUUCAUUCGAUUGGCAUCCAGCUGAAUAUCUUCUGAGCGACGUUGUGGUGGACAUUGAUGUCGAAUGCUAUUUUGUUUGGGGAGAAUGUUAGUGAUUUUACCUUUCAGACAGAUGCUGUUUAUGUGAGUGAAGCAGCUGAACCAUUAGAAAGCAGUUGGCCUUUGGAACUAAUGAUAGAUAUUUGCAGAGCCAUAUUUGUGGAUAUUUAGAUUGAGAUAAUAUGUUUCUGGGUAGUUGCAUAGGAACAAAGCUGUUUUUCUACGGAGCAGAGCUAUACAGUAUUUCUUUGUAUGUACUGUAUGUAGGCAGUAUAGUGCCAUAUUCAAUAAGAUAAUGUAUCAAAUGUGGCCUUUAAGUUCACUUUGUAUCUGAACAUAAUUGUUUUGUAGCUGUAGCCUGAGUGUUUUGUCAUGUUGUUUUCCGAGCCUCAGUUCGUCAGGACUUGGACUCUACAAGGUGUCGAAAGCAUUCCACAGGGAUGCUGGCCCAUGUUGACUCCAAUGCUUCCCACAGUUGUGUCAAGUCGGCUGGAUGUCCUUUGGGUGGUGGACCAUUCUUGAUACACACAGGAAACUGUUAAGCUUGAAAAACCCAUCAGUGUUGCAGUUCAUGACACACUGGAACUGGAGCACCUGUCACCUACUACCAUACAGUACCUCGUUCAAAGGCACUCCUGUCACCUACUACCAUACAGUACCCCGUUCAAAGGCACUCCUGACACCUACUACCAUACAGUACCCCGUUCAAAGGCA